CACGCGUAUACGGACUGACUUUCUCACUAAGAAAACUCCCUGGCGUGAACGUUGUUUUACCAUCCUGUUUGGUUACUGAGAAAAAAAAUGGAGGAAAACGAUGAGAAAAUGUGUAUUUAAUAGUUUGGUUGUUGGUUGCGAUCUUAAUUCCAAAAAAUCGACUCGAAUGACACUUGGCAUUUGAAAUAGCCGUACUAGGUUGGAGUUAUUGAUUUACAUACAGAGAAACCCUUCAGUUUACAUAUUCUCAGCAACCAAACAAAACAAAGCAUACAUUUUCUUUCCUUGUCAAGACUUCACGCGACAGACUUUUUUAGGGUUUAUUUGGCGUGUGAUUUUUUGGCUCAAUAUUGAAUUGAAUGGAUAGUUCAGGGACAUACUUGAAUUUUUUGUUUCAAUCAGCAAACAAUUUUAUCUUUCUGUUCUGAGCUUGGUGAAUUUUCAAAACAAUUUGCUAGAUGGGUUUAGGUGUGGCCUCUGUUUUGAUGAAAUCAGGGAUCCUGUCAUCGGACGCCGAUCAAGUUACAAUAGAUUCCAUAACCUUAUUCGUGGCUCUCCUUUGCGCUUGCAUUGUGAUCGGCUAUCUUAUCGAGGAAAACCGAUGGUUUAAUGAGUCAUUCACUUCCCUUGUCAUUGGCUUGUGCACUGGUGUUGUUAUUCUACUAACUUCUGGUGGAAAAAGCUCGCGUAUCUUAGAAUUUGAUGAAGAAUUUUUCUUUAUAUACCUCCUUCCACCUAUUAUAUUCAAUGCUGGGUUUCAGGUGAAAAAGAAGCAAUUUUUUCGGAACUUUAUCAUUAUCAUGUUGUUUGGUGUUGUUGGGACAUUGAUAUCCUUCGCUACCAUUGCAAUUGGUGCAUCUCAAUUGUUCAAAAAGCUGGAUAUCGGUUUCCUGGAGAUGGGGGAUUAUCUCGCAAUUGGAGCAAUCUUAUCAGCAACUGAUUCGGUUUGCACAUUGCAGGUGCUUAAUCAGGAUGAGACACCUUUGUUGUACAGUCUAGUCUUUGGCGAAGGAGUAGUAAAUGAUGCCACCUCUGUGGUACUUUUCAAUGCAAUCCAGAAAUUUGAUAUCUCUCAAAUGAACUCAGGCCUUGUCUGGCAGUUCAUAGGCAAUUUUUUGUCUUUAUUUAUUGCAAGCACCUUGCUAGGGGUUGUCAUUGGAUUGCUUAGCGCAUACAUCAUUAAAAAGUUGUACUUUGGCAGGCACUCUACAGAUCGUGAAGUUGCUCUUAUGAGUCUCAUGGCUUACCUUUCAUAUGUGAUGGCUGAACUGUUUGACUUGAGUGGGAUUCUUACUGUAUUCAUUUGUGGGAUUGUCAUGUCACACUACACCUGGCAUAAUGUGACUGAAAGUUCAAGGGUAACUACCAAGCAUGGUUUUGCAACAUUGUCAUUCAUUGCAGAGAUUUUCAUCUUCGUUUAUGUUGGUAUGGAUGCCCUGGACAUUGAGAAAUGGAGUUUUGUAAGCAAAAGCCCUGGAAAAUCAGUUGGGGUCAGUUCAAUUCUGCUUGGCCUGGUUUUAGUUGGAAGGGCAGCUUUUGUCUUGCCACUAUCCUUCUUAAUUAACUUAACCAAGAAGUCUGAUAGCGAAAAAAUUAGCUUCAAGCAGCAGAUUACAGUUUGGUGGGCUGGUCUAAUGCGAGGAGCUGUCUCUAUGGCGCUUGCUUAUAGUCAGUUUGCGAAGUCUGGCCAUACACAACUGCCAGGAAAUGCAAUCAUGAUCACCAGCACCAUCACUGUCGUUCUUUUCAGUACACUGGUGUUUGGAACGUUGACCAAACCUCUUGUAUAUUUCUUGCUGCCUCCAUUAAAACACUCGAGCAGCAUGACCUCCUCUGAACCAUCUAGUCCAAAAUCCUUCACAUUGCCACUUCUCGGCAAUGGGCAAGAAGAUUCAGAGGCUGACACGGGUAUCCAUAGUAUACCUCGUCCAACCAGUCUACGCAUGCUCUUAAGCACCCCAACUCAUACUGUCCAUCAUUACUGGAGAAAGUUUGAUGAUGCUUUCAUGCGCCCUGUGUUUGGUGGGAGGGGAUUCGUGCCGUAUGUUCCUGGCUCACCGAUAGAAAGCAGUCUCCAAUAAAACCUGUGCAAGUUUUGUUGCCACUGACCUUCAUAUGUGUUGACAGCUACUGUUUUACGUUCGGUGCUCUUCAUUUCAAUUGUGCCAUAGCCUUGUAUGUAUAUAAAACACACACAUACAUCAUGCUGACCCUCCCUUGGCUGUGGUGCAGGACCCUAAUUAUAUCUUCCAUCUUAUGUAAUUAUAUAGUAAUUUGAGUAAUUAAUAAAAUACCUUAUAGCUUAUGUAAAAUGCUCAAAAUUGUUGUUUUAAACAAACAUACAUCAUAGCAAUUAGGGCCCUAAUUGCGGCUUCAUUUUCUGUAAUCAUGUUGUAAUUGUGUAAUUAAAUACCUUAUAGCUUAUGUCAAAUGUUCAUAAUUGAUGUUUUCUUGUA